AUGACAUUACAGUGGUCCAUAGUAGCGUUUGUACUAUACGUGGAAAUCGCGUUCACUUUCAUUCUUCUCCUCCCAUGGAUCAGACCAUCACUUUGGAGCAAAUUGUUCAAGAGUAGAUUAGUCAGUUCAUUGGGACAACAUGCACUCAUAUACUCGUACGCCUUCACCUUCGUUCUCUUCAUCCUUUUCGCCGAUUCCGUCAGAGAAGUUCAUAAAUAUUCUGUUCACGAGGAUGCCAUCGAGAGAACCGUACACACUGCUAGCUCAGAGUCCAACACUCUCAUGAAGUUGUUCCGUGCCCAAAGAAACUUUUAUAUCUCUGGCUUCGCCCUUCUUCUCUUUUUAGUCAUCAAGCGUAUCAUCUCUCUCCUUAACCGUGGAGCCCAAAUGGAAGCUGCCAGUGAAGCCGCUAUGCGUCAAGCUGAAUCUGCUUCUAAAGUAGCAAAGACUCUUAUGAACGCUGGAGAAGGAGAAUCAUCUGACUUGAACAAGAAAAUCGAGCAGCUCACCAAGGAGUUGAAAUCAGCUUAUGCCGAUCGUGACGCCGUGAAAGCACAAGCUAAAGGACUCGAAGAAGAAUACGACAGAGUUGCUGAGAAGCUGAGCGAAUACGAGAAAUCUGACUCUUCUAACAAGAAGAGCAACUAA